CCCCUGCGUUGUUCAAGGGUCAACUGUAUUAUAUUCACAAAUAUUUGUCUAAUACUUAUUGUGCUAGGUAGUGUGAAACUUUAAUUAGAGUUUUGGGUAUAGGCCCACAGUCAGAGUGAAGAAGUGUAGUGCUAGUUGAAUUCCUUAUGAACUAGGAAAGAGCAGAGAUAGUGUUAGGAAUUGGGAAAAAAAGGAGUUUGAUUUAGUUAAUUUUAUAAUCAGAAACGUUAAAAAUGUUGCCCCUGGGAGGCGUAUAAGCAUAAAACUGUUUUCUAGAUAUCUGAUUACUUAUUUUUACAUUGCUUUAGGUUUCCAGAAUUAUCUGCAGAAUUCGCCAUGACCCCAGCUCUGAGGGAGGCAGCAACAAAGAGUAUCUGCUUUUCAUCUUUACCAAGUACCAUGGAGUCUGACAAGAUGCUAUGCAUGGAAGGCCCAAGAACUAUGGAUGAAAAGCUAAAGGGAGACACUUUCUCUCAGAUGCUGGGAUUUCCAACUGCUGAACCUACUCUUAACACUAAUUUUGUGAAUUUAAAACAUUUUGGCUCCCCUCAGUCUUCAAAACAUUAUCAGACUGUUCUUUUAAUGGGUUCUAAUUCUACAUUAAAUAAAUACAAUAAGAAUUAUAAACAAAAUAAAUUAGGGGAACCCAACUGCAAUAAGCUGAAAAACAUACUGUGUAAUGGUAGCAACAUUCAGCUCAGUAAAAUUUGUCAUUCUCAUUCUGAAGAGUUCGUCAAAAAGGAACCUCUGUCAGAUAACACAGGCCACUGCAUGACAGAUGUAAAAAUUACUUUGGAUUCAAAUAUAACCAAAGACACUAAUGUAGAUAAAGUACAACUACAAAACUGUAAAUGGUACCAAAAGAAUGCACUUUUGGAUAAAGUUACUGAUGCUGAGAUUAAAAAGAGUUUAUUGCACUGCGCUCAAAAGAAAAUUGGGCCUGGCCAUUCAAAUGUGCCUGCUAGUUCCUCAGCUUCUGAAAAAGAAGAGGAAGUGAAUGCUCGUUUACUUAAUUGUAUAAGCAAACAGAAAAUUUUACUUAGUCAGGCUAGAAGAACUCAGAAACAUUUGCAGAUGCUCCUGGCAAAGCAUGUUGUUAAGCACUAUGGUCAGCAAAUGAAAUUUUCUGUGAAACAUCAACUCCCCAAAAUGAAGAUUUUUCAUGAACCUACUACAGUUUUGGAUAACAGUUUUCCUAAAUGCACUGAAAUUAAGCCAGACAUAAAUUUACUGACUGCCGAGAAUAAAUUAUGGAAUGAUACAAAAAAUGGCUUUGCACAGUGUACAGCUGCAGAAAUCCAAAGAUUUGCACUGUCUGCUACAGGGCUGUUGACUCAUGUUGAAGAGGGUCUGGAUUCUGAUGCAACUGAUAGCAGCUCUGAUGACGAUUUGGAUGAAUAUACCAUUAGAAAAAAUGUGGCAGUUAACUGUAGUACUGAAUGGAAGUGGCUUGUAGACAGAGCAAGAGUUGGCAGCCGAUGGACGUGGCUUCAAGCCCAGAUUUCAGAGCUAGAAUACAAAAUCCAGCAACUAACGGAUAUUCACAGGCAGAUUCGUGCCUCCAAGGGGCUAGUGAUCCUAGAAGAAUGUCAACUUCCAAAAGACAAUUUGAAAAAGCAAAUGCAAUUUGCAGACCAAGCAACUGCAUUAAAUAUAACAGGGAAUCCUCAGAUUCCCCAAGAGAGUCAAGAUCCUUUACCAGAACAAGAUUUUGAAAUGUCACCAAGUAGCCCUACACUGCUUCUUCGCAAUAUAGAAAAACAGAGUGCACAGUUGACUGAGAUCAUCAACAGUUUGAUAGCCCCUCUCAACAUGUCUCCAACUUCAUCACCCCUCCCCUCCAAGUCCUGUAGCCAUAAAUGUCUGGCUAAUGGCAUUUCCAGGAGUACUUCAGAGAAUUUAGAUGAGCUCUCUUCCUCGAGUAGCUGGUUACUUAACCAGAAGCACAGUAAGAAAAGGAGAAAAGACAGGACAAGAUUGAAAUCUCCAUCCUUGACUGUCAUGAGUACAGCAGCUCGAACAAGGCCACUUCAGAGUUUCCACAAAAGAAAACUCUACAGAUUGAGCCCUACUUUGUAUUGGACUCCGCAGACUUUGCCUUCAAAAGAAACAUUUUUAAAUACUGCACAAAUCCCUUGCCUGCAGUCAGCUUCAACUUGGAGUAGCUGUGAACACAAUUCAAAGUCUGAAAUAUUAAGCGAACAUGUAUCAGAGUUAGACUCUUCUUUCCAUUCUGUUCUAUCAUUGCCAUCAGAUGUGCCUCUUCAUUUUCACUUUGAAACAUUGUUGAAAACGACUGAAAUAAAAGGAGAUCUUGCUGAAAAUAAAUUUGUAGGAGGCUGUAUCAUAUCUCCAUCCCCUGUAUAUAAUUCUUCUCUGAGUCAAUGGAGAAAUGGAUAUUCUCCUACAUGCAAGCCUCAAAUAAGAUCAGAAUCUUCUGCACAGCUGUUACAGGGGAGAAAGAAAAGACACUUGAGUGAAACAGCAUUAGGAGAAAGAACUCAAUUUGAAGAAUUUGCUUUUCAACGCGCAGAACCAGGAUCCCACAGCAAUUUUACUGCUGUUGCUAAUGUCAACGUUAUAUCAAGAACCCAAAAUUCAACACAUAAUACUGCACGACGGAGACUGAGAAGUGAGAGUUCUUAUGACAUAGAUAAUAUUGUGAUUCCCAUGUCAUUAGUGGCCCCAGCUAAAUUAGAGAAACUCCAAUAUAAGGAAAUACUAACUCCAAGCUGGAGGAUGGUUGUUCUUCAGCCUUUGGAUGAAUAUAAUGUAGAUGAAGAGAUAGAAGAUCUUUCUGAUGAAGUCUUCUCCCUAAGACACAAAAAAUAUGAAGCGAGAGAGCAAGCCAGAUGGUCACUAUGGGAACAAAGCAAGUGGCACAGAAGAAACAGCAGAGCUUACAGUAAAAAUGUUGAAGGACAGGACUUACUUUUGAAAGAAUACCCUAAUGACUUUAGUAGUGAUCAGCAAGAUGCUGCCGAAAGUCCGCAGAGUCAGGAUCUGAGCGCACAUGGCUCACCUUCAGUAAAUGAAAGCCAGGAAACCAAGUCUUUGUGGUGGGAACGACGGGCUUUUCCGCUGAAGGAUGAAGACACAGAAGCCUUAUUAUGCCAAGAUAAAAAAAAUGAUCAGAUUGAAAGUUCAAGCCUCGCUUUCAGUGGUGAAGUCUGUACCAGCGCACCAGAGAACGGCCAAAAUCCCAAAAGGCAGGCAGACGGAAUGGAAGAAUACAAAACCUAUGCUGUAGGACUUACUCAUGUUAAAAAAAAAUAGGUGACAAGGAACAGGUUAAAAAAAUGAUGGAACUGAAUGGAAAACAGGAGAAAAAAUAAGCCCCUCCAGUCACAAUUCCCGAGUAAGAGCAUAUACUGCAUAUAGUAAUCUUUUAUGCUCUCUAUGCAACAGGCAAGGUAUGUCUCUCUCUCCUUCUUGGACCACAGGAGUAUCUAACUAGCUUUUCACUUACAGACAAGUGGCUAGUCAUUUGUGUUUAUGAUACAGAUCAUAAGCACCAAAAAAUUAACUGCUGCAAUUUGGUGUCAAAUCACAUUACUGAAUUUUUAAAAGAUUUCACACCCACACAUACAUAUAUAGAAACACACACAUACCUGUGCAGCAAAUGACAGGUCUUCUUUUUUCUAUACACAUGGUACUGGAAUAUAUAAAUGUGUGUACAGAGUAUAAAUAUAUACACACACAUAUGCACUGGCAGAUACCACUCCAAAAUACAUGUAUGAAUUACCCCAUGAAAUAAGCUGCAGUAUAAAUAAAGCAGCACAGGUUUCCAAUGAUAGUGAACACCUGAAAGUCUUGGCUACGAAGAGGGAUUUUAAAAAACAUGUUUAAGUAAUAGAAGUUAGUUAUGGAAAUUCCUAUACCAGGUAACACAAUAUUUAUUUGAAAUCAGUGAUAUCUGUUGAACUAAAUACAAGUCACUUUCUAUGCACCCCUAACAGAAUACGACAAGCAGAGUAGAGUUAAAUAUUGGUGUUUUUAAAACUAUUACCUCCUUUAAAACUCAAAAUAAGCAACACAGGAAAGUUCUGUCAGUAUAAAAAUAUUAAUGUAUUUCUAGUUAAUCUGGUCAUUCUUUAUUACUCUAUUCAAAUAAGCAUCUAUUCUUACUUGUAUUCUAGAGUGAGAAUUAAAACUAUCCAAAGGAUAAUGCUUCAGUAUUACCAAUACUGGAUACUGAAGUGUACAUUAAGGAAAAUUCCUUUUGAAAAUAUUACAUCAUUUUUUUCUAUAUAAAAGUUGAGGACAAUUUAUAUGAAUUGUUUUUUUCUCAUGUAAAAAAGGUUAUUCAAGUUGUAGUACCCAUAUAACUGACAAUCCUGGCCCAGACUUGGGGGAUUUGACACUGUUUUGUUAGGGACUAGAAAUUAUGCUAGCCCCUUUAAGAAGAAAAAAAUUCAAUACUGACAAAUUUUUGAUUGUAGUUUUACUGUACAUUUAUUAUUUUUUUAAGAAACCAAAGCCAGACAAACCCAAGUUGUCCAGGCACGUAAACUCAAAUCUUUCUGUCAUGUCUCAUUAUAAUCUUCUAUGUAAGUUUUUUAAUUAAAGUUAUUUCUAUA